AUGUGCCUGUAUCACGACGAGAAUCCGGGAACAAAACAAGCGGAUAUCGGUGCCAAAUUCGGCGUGGAGAGAAGCACGGUUUCAAAGGUGCUACGCAACCGGGACCAAUAUCUCAAACGAGAGCAAGACCCUGAUUUUGCCGUGAAACGCGCGAAAGGCAAGCAUCCAGACUUUGACAGGACGCUUGGCAACUACGUACGUCGACAGCAGCAGCGAGGCUUUGACAUCAAAGACGACGAAAUCAUGGAGCAAGCAAAGCUAUUUGCUCAUGCGAGCGGGAAUCAGGAUAGUCUCUUGGGUACCCUGACGAGCAGCUGGCUCCAGAAGUUCAAGCAGAAACACGGCAUCGGCUCGGGACGCUUGAUGCGGCGAGCGUCCGAGACAAACAUUCCGGACAGCGCGAGACUUUCAACGAAGCUUACUACCCUCAACAAGGGGGCGAAACCGAGCAGCCAUGCGCCCGAGUCGCCGCCCCAACCCCUCUCCCCUCUGUCAGGGAGUCGCAGCGAUGACGACUUACACAGGGACACCCUCGAGUUCGAAUUCACGUACCGAGCGCACGGAUCGCAGUCAAACACUUCACUCUCGAGCGACGUCCGAGACCAUGUGGCCGCGUUCUCAGCCGGUACCAUUAGCCCUGCGGCUUCCUUCAACUUCUCCCCUGACCCAAAUGUUGGUGCUUUUACGGUUGAUCAUGCCAUGCCACUGCACGCUAGCGACGUCCCCGAUUUCCAUCAUCGAGAAAAGCGAAGUAACACUUUCCCCUCCAUCGAUGUCAACUUUGUGAAUCAUGAGGCGGCGCCAGUCACCGAGGCAGCAACAGAGCCAAUGACUCCUCGACAUCUUCCAGCCACGUCUGCGUCGUCUUCCGCAGUCCAGUCCCCAGCUACAGACGCACGGAAGCAGCCAUUUGCCAUAGACACCGCCCUAACCUCUCCGCCGCCGCCGCUACGCCGGACGAGCAGUAACUCGAGUAUCGCUGGCCGGUCAUCUGGCACACCAAUGGCAGCUAGUGCUAUGUCAAGCGCCUCGAUUGAUUCAUCGCCCGUCUCACCAACGCACGAAGAGGCCAGGAAGGCAGCAAAUACGCUGCUUAACUACCUGCAGAGGAUGAACACCUCAGGGCAGUUUGAUCAAAGCGAGUACCUUGCAUUGAUACAUCUUACCAAAAAACUCCACGUCGGUCAGAAUCAGGGCUCCCGACCGUCGAUCGGCGGGCUGUCAAGGAUACCUGAAGGAGACCAUGAGAUGCAAGCACCUUCCGACACGGCGAUGGAGGUUCGAUGA